AUGUCUCAGUGUGUGUGGGAACUCCUAAGCAUCGAAAAAUCGUUCAUCACAAAAAGUGACAAGUGUGAAACAGACCCAACAUACAAUUCCUCCCAGCAUUUUGAAUGUCCCAAUUCCCGCAGCGGGGAUAUAAGAUCGGAAAAAGUGGACUACGAUUACGCAGAGGAGUUGUCUCGCCACUCCAAGGAGAAGAAUGAGAAGAACAAGCUAAAGUUUGAGAAAAUUAUGCACAAGUUUUUCAUUUCAGACAUUUCCAAGUAUGUCAAGGCCUACGUGAAAAAGAAUGGCAGCAACAUCCGGAGCGAGAUAGGCAUAACGUCCAGCAAGGGCACCAAUUCGGAGGAAGAAAGGAACUGGGUCAACAGCUACAUAUACAACUUCAUAAGCUACUGCCUCAUGACGUACAACGACUGCAAGCACUACAUCGUUAUCACGAGCAGCAGGAAUUUGAUUCAGAAGUUGACCGGCACAGGCUACGGCUACUACGGCAUUUACUUCACGGACGGGAAAAAAAUCGGGGGGCUGGGCAACCUGUUCAUCAACAUAAAGCAAGUGAGGCACAUAAGUUACAGCAUCAUGAAGACCCUGCAGACGAGGCCGCCCUCGGACCGAUCCGUGUCAAACAACGACGAAACGGGCAGCUUCACGUUUGCGCUUUAGGUGGGUGGCUACAUCGUAGUGUAGAUCAGUUAGCUUUGCGAAAAGGAAAGGGGAAUUUUUUUUUUUCAUCGUUUUUUUUAAUUUUUCUUCCAUUUCGUGUAAAACUAUGAGCGGGCUACCCCCAACAUGGAGCAAUAAUACUUUCCCUUUCCUCCCCUGUGCUGCGCAU